GUGAGCGGCCGCAACGUGACGCGCACAUCAGCUGACUGACGGUCCUCGGCUGAAAGAAGCGCAGUCCUCCGUCGACCUUCACUCGGCUUCUUUUCCCGCAGGUUCCGCAGCGCGACAUGGCGAGUCAGUCCCAGGGCAUCCAGCAGCUGCUGCAGGCCGAGAAGAGAGCGGCCGAGAAGGUGACCGAGGCCCGCAAGCGGAAGAAUCGGCGUCUGAAGCAGGCGAAGGAAGAAGCUCAGGCUGAGAUCGAACAAUACCGACUUCAGAGGGAGAAAGAGUUCAAGACCAAAGAGGCCGCUGCCCUCGGUUCCCACGGCAACAGCGCAGUGGAGGUGGACCGCGACACGGUGGAGCGGAUGGCUCACAUCCAGGCUAGUUACCGCGGUAACCGGGAGGCGGUGCUGGGCGAGUUACUGCGCCGCGUCUGCGACAUCCACCCGGAGUUCCACGCCAACUACCGCGUGGCGGGCUGAGGGGCGGAGUCACAAUUCCAGACAGGGCGGGGCCAACAGGAGACAUGAACGUUGGCAACAUGAGCAAAAUUAGCUUCAGUCUCAACCAAAAGCUCCAAGUAAUUUAUGUGAUUUUCUUUUUUGUGACCCAAAACUAAUUAUUCCAAUUAAUCCAAACAUAAAAACGUUUAUUUUUAAUAUUGGAAGUUCAUCUCCUGCUGAUUUCCUGCUCUGAGGGAAGACCUUUACAAAAUGUAAAUGUUGUUACUGUGUUGAUGUUUACAAAAUAUUUAUGUAUGUUUCUUUAAAUCGCUCCCAAAUCAAAAUAGAAGUCUUCCAUCACUUUCUGUGUGAGGUUUAAGGAUAAAAUCAGACAAAGUAAAAUACAAUCUAAAUGGAAUCCGAUUUGUUCAGUUGAUUGGCUGUUUCCCUCCGUUGUUUUCACGACACAAUAAAAUGGAAAGGCUUUUAUUUUGAAACUUGUUCAUUUUGAUUUUUUGGUUGUGUCCUUUGUGUGACCAUUCAACUUCUUGUUCUGAUGACUUCCUGUUGAUGUUUGUGAAGUGAUGACAAAAUAAACUGAGUGUUCAUUGGUGGAAACUGAA